AUGCCUGACGAAAACGGAGUUUCUAAAACCUCACCGGCAGAUCACAUUUCUCAGCCUCCGGCGCAAUCAACCGGCACACAGCCCGCAAGAGAAGCGACGGAACUCGCUAAAGUCUCUGUCAAAAUCCCACCAUUCUGGCACGCAAAACCAGAACUAUGGUUGGCUAAGGUAGAAUCUCAAUUUAUUGCGGCAGGCAUUACAAACGACAAGACAAAAUAUCACACAGUUGUGGCGGCCAUGGAAAGCAACGUCUUGGCGCAGAUCAGUGAUAUUAUUCUCAAUCCUCCUAGCAGUGACAUGUAUCAAACACUUAAAGAACGGCUAAUCACCCAGUUUGCCGAUUCAGAACAGAUACGUGUCAAGAAGCUACUUCAAGAACUAGAGUUAGGCGAUAUGCGACCGUCACACCUUCUGCGUGAAAUGCGUAGUCUGUCUGGCAACGAGAUAAACGACGGAAUUCUGAAAUCAAUCUGGAUGAGCCGCCUACCCUCUAACAUACGCUCUGUGAUUUCAAUAAGCACAGAGCCACUUGACAAGGUAGCGCUUCUUGCUGAUAAGGUUUCUGAAGUCAGCGACAUACCGCAGAUACGAGCGAUUGAAACACAACCAGCAGCUUCGCAAACAUUUUCACACAUAGAGCGGCAGCUCGCUGCAAUCACUAAAGAAAUCGCCGCUUUAAAAACAAACCGUAACUAUCGUCACAGGAGCCGCAGCAGGGGACACUCGUCGGAACGAACAUCAUCGCGUCAGAAGACAGAGGACCAGUGCUGGUAUCACAUGACGUUUGGAAACGAGGCAAAGAAGUGCCGUAAACCGUGCUCAAAAAAUUUAAACUAA